AUGUUCAUCAAUAUUAUGGCAAGUAUUGAUUCCGAGCAUAUUUUUGUGUAUUGUGCAUUUGUUGACUCAAAGAAAACACUCAAAUAUGUGAUAUUCCCUCUAGGAAUUCCUGACAAACUUGUAAGAUAUUUUUGAAAAUGAUGAGUUUUAAUAUCAUGAGGUGCAGCCAGAAUGCGAGUGGUUGCACCAAACAUGAAGCCAAAUAGCAAUGGAAUAAACAACCAAAACAAUAUUAUUCUUGAUUCAAAUGUUAUUAAAGAUUUGUUUUUUGUUAAAACUAGAAAACGAUAGAUGAAUAAGACUGGAAAAAUUCCUAAAGAUAUUCCAAACAUUCCAGUAUAACAUGGCAAUAAAAUUCUCAUUGUUUUUGGUGAGAAAUAUAUGUUGGUUGCGUAAAGAACAAGCAUUGAAUCAAAUGUGAAGCAGCUCUGAAGAUUAUAAUUUGUUCUUGUUAAAUAUUUUGAUAACUUACAGGUGCUAUAAUAAUAUCCAGAAUAGCAAAAGAGAGCUCAUAAAUUGAAGUGUAACCCAAAAGAACUUUGUAGGAUCCCAUAAACUUUGUAGAUUUGAAAAUUAUCAAGAAUAUAAGAAAGAUAUUAGCAAUUAUCGAAAAGGUUGAUGAGAACACUUGA